AGGAAUUAGACAUACUAAUGGCUGCACGAGCAAACGAAAACUAUGUUCACGUACAAAGUGAACUUGAGCAAGUGAGUAAUCGUAUCCCCUUAGUUAGAUGUCACUGAAUAUUAAACUAUCCUAUAAUUGUAUUAUGAUUAGUGGACUCUAUACAAACAAUCUGCCCAAUUAAAGCUGGAGUUACACAAGCAACAAAAUUGCUGCAACUUGCAACAAAAUCUGAUUUCAACACAUGUUUGUUGCAAGUUGCAGCAAUUUUGUUGCUUGUGUAACUCCAGCUUAAUUAAGAUCUCUUCAAAUUAAGUGGUAAAUUGCAAAGUGAGUUGUAUUUUAAAUAACUUAAAAGUUAUCUGAAAAGUUACCAAAGGCUGGACAUGUUAGAACUGUGCCUGCCUUAAUUGUUAAGUAUGGCAAAAAUAUAGUAAAUAUGUAGACAACAAUGCAGUUCUGUAGUUCUGGUUCUGAUACGGACAACGUCACUUACUGCAUGGUAAUGAGUUGUAUUUAUUCCUCAUAAAGGUAUACUGUAUGCAGUCAGUAUUGCCCUUGGCAGGCAACCAGAACUGCAGAAUUGCAUUGUUAUAAAUCUAGAAAAUAUUAUACCUAGAUUUACUAUAUUUUUGUCAUAUUUAGCAAGGAGGCACAGUUUUGUUAAAAAAUUGAAUAUUUUAGUGAGUUUAGUCAAAUACAGAUUUAUAACAUAUGCUUAGCCUGCAUUGUGCUGCGGCUGCCUAUGUUCCAAACCAAUUUUGAGGAUCUUUUGGAUCAUAGGUUACGGUGGGACAUUUCUAAUCUUGUAUGAAAAUCUUAUAGUACCCUUUUGCCUUUUGGAUAUAUGCUUGUGAAACUCGUUAAUAAUUCCUGAAAAAAAAACACAACAGAAGUUCAAUUUUCUCACCAAAUAUCUUUUCUUUUUUUUUAAUUGUUGAAGAAUACGAAUGUUCUCAUCACGACGUUUUACAAGCUAUUUACAUUUUACAACAUUUGUGGCCGUGUUGUAUCGGAUAUAGCACGGCCGCUCAUGUUGUAAAUAUAGUACUUAAAAAUGAUAAGAAUUCUAUCUAAUGGGCUGUUUAUGUAUAUGUGUAAACUAGGCAGGGUUGGUAAGUUUGAUGAAUAAUUAGGCCAAUUCGUCAUUAGUGCUGUUUAGAAAACAAAGAAAACAAUAGGCCAACACAAAGAAAACAAAGGCCUAGUGUGACGGUGUUUGGCCUAAUUAUUCAGCAAACCUAUCAAGCCUGAAACUAGGUCACUUCACGUAGUGAGCGGGCUCACUAUUAUAUAUACUGCAUGUAAAAUAAUUUUUGAAUGAACCUGCAUGAAGUUGUACUUCUGCAAACAAAGUUUCACAGAUUCGAAACAAUCACAGAUAUAUUUUAUAAGAUUGUGAAACCUGUUGACCUGUCAUUUACAACAUAUUUAUGUAAACAUUUAAACAAAGCAUUAAAACUUAGUCCGGGUUGGAAGCCAGCCCUCAGGUCAUUGCAUGCGUUUAUACCGCCAGCUUAAAGCAAGAACCUUAAUUGCUCAUUAUAGGAUCAAUUGAAGCGGGAUCAGUUGCUUGCAUGUUGUUGGGGCAAGCGUAAUUGGUGCGCAAGCUUAAUCGGUCCACAUAAUGCAUGAUUGCAAAAUGUUUAAUCGCAUGUUCUUGUACUUGUUAACAUUGUAGAUGAGGAAGGAUCUAAAUGAAACUCAAACUAAAGUGACACAUGACAAGUUGGAGCAUGAAAAUCGACUGAGAGAAUUAAUUGCGGCAAAGAAAAAAAUGGAUUUAUUCUGUCCUGACUCAGUGGUAUGUUCCGUCUUGACUCAGUAAUUAUGAUAAUUGCUUUGAAAAUUAGCUAAGUAUAUAAUGGCAAAAAUUACUUAAUUAACAUGAUUUAUAUAAUAAAAGUGUGGAUAUAGUUUUAGCGCAAUUUAGAAAAAAUAUACACAAGUGGGUUUUUCAGGUCUUUAAUAUUAGUAAAGAAUACGUCUAUCAUAUCAAAUGUUUUAAUAAUUUAAUAAUAACGUCUAUCAUAUCAAUGUUUUCAUUUAAUUUACUCUCACUGUUAAAAGAGUAAAAAGUUGUACCUCCUGUAAUUACUUGUUUGGCACUGAAGUUUGCACGGCUGAGUGUGCAGUAGUUUUUGUACUAUUGCAUGCUAACAAAAUGGGAAUUUUGAUUCUAUAUCACGUGAUCAUAAUCAGCCAAUUAAAUGACCAGCAUUUAAUGAGGUGUUAUGCUAUAAUAUAGAAUAUAUAAUAUAGAAUAUGUAAAAUACCGUAAGCAUCGUGUUGGGUAUCGAGCAUUGGUACCUGUAUAACGUGUAUGUUGUAUUUGCUUCUAGCGUGUGGAAGAAAACACAAAUAUGAUUGCUGAACGUGAGUGUUGUUCUACAACAGGAAGCAAGAACGACGAAAAGUCAAAAAGUGAUACUCAUGGCAUAGAAGCUGGAGGUUUUCUUGAGACGUUUAAAGAUUUGGGUGGUAAAACAGUUCAGCCGACACGGGUGAGCCUGGUGAGGCUAAUGUUCUAUAGUGGCCCUUAGUUUUUAUGGAAUCAAAAUUCUAUCAUGUACAACUAGUUAUCUAAGCCUGGAGUUACUGGCUAUCAACUUCAAAUAUCAUGUGCAACUAGCUAUCUAUGGUUUAAUUAUUCAAUUCAAUGAAUUGAUUAAUGUCGAUGACGCAAGUAGCUGCCCAAACUUCCGAGUCAGAGGCUCAUGUUAAAAGCGCUUUACAGGCAGCUAAUUUAUAAAUAUCAUAAAUAUGGGCGGUAUUCUGUAUGAUACCAUAUAAUAACUAUCAUGGAACCGUAAAAUACAUCGUAAACAGUAGUAUUAAUUAAGUAGUUAUAUUAAACAGAGUACUAUUAUAACGUGUAUGUUAUUUGCUUGUAGUUGAAGAAAAACAAAAAAAGGGAGACUGACGAUGAACGUACAAGUUCGAUCGAUAAAAUGUCAAAGAGUGAAGCUCGAGGCAUAGAACCUGGAGAUUAUAAAGAGAAGUUUAAAGAAUUUGGAGCUACAGCAGUUGAGCCUACACAGGUG